GCACGGGGUUUACUGUGCCAAUUCGAGGGCGUUUACGUCCUGAAACUGACCACUAUCGCCUCAUUCUACUCCCCUUUACCUUUCUUCAUUCUCUCCUUCGUGAUCGCCUUCUACGCUGGCCAUCCUUCUUUCUUGACCCUGUUUUCUCCAUUUCUUUUCUCGAGGCCAGGUGGUUAUGGCACUUACACAGACAGCGAGGAUCCCAGGCCCAGGGCCGUCAUGGGACGAAGAAGUGGUACCAGCAUUAAGACAACGUCUGGAGAGCGAGAGCCGAACACUGUCUCGCAGGUUGUCAGCGACACCAAUACCCUCAGGUGAUGAAUACCAAUACAGAAACGAUACUAUAAAUUCGUACAAUGGAGAUUCAAGUUAUAACACCAAUCAGUCGUAUCAAAAUGGUGCCAUCUAUACCGCUCGUCUACCCCAGCAGCCGCGAAAUAAUUCAGACCAUAAUGCUCCUUCACGCGUCAACAGUGGAAACUCGUCAGCACCUAGAAGACCUUCUCGUUCGAGGACCCAGUCCCAACCUUUUAAGUCAGACCAUCCAAAUAAUAGAAUGAAUUCAUCCAAGAUCAACGGUGCGACAACAUCUGGCGAUACCUCAUCCUCUUCACGUCCCAUAUCCCCCAGCACCAGUAUAAAACCAUCGCGUAUUCCUCAGCCUAGCAGAACACGCACAGCCAGCUUGUCAAGUAAUCACUACGCUCCAUUUCCUAAUGCCACUGGGAGCACCAAUGCCCACACUUCUCCUUAUUCCUCUCCUCCAUUACCUGACCGGAGGCAAGCCUCGGCUUCAGACCUCUGGAAAGUUCAAGAAACAUCGUCUCAUUCCACUGUCUCCGUUAUCAGCAAACAGCGGUCAGGCAUUCUCAACGAAGAACCCCCAUUCAAGCAAAGAUCUCGUGAUGAUCCGAAUCCGUCAAAUGAAAGUCUUUACGACGACCGCCCGCGGAUGUCAGCCGAAUCACAAGAGCGACCUUUUGAACAUUGGUAUCGAGGAGACAUAUCUCGUAAUGGCGGUGUUGGAGAGCUGCGGGUGGGAAAACGGCAAGAGAUGAUGGACAUAGCGAAUUACGGUUAUAGCUUGAAACCGAAACCAGACAAGCCAGUCGUUCGGAAUGCGAUAACGGACGCGAUUGAACGAAAGCGGAGGAGGGCAGACAGCGUUGGGAAUCUUACUGACCGGACGAGUUUCUACAUGGAUGAGGAGCAGGCGAAGAACGCUGGGAGAGUGUUGGAUGAGAACCCUCCGACGGAUGUGGAGGGAGAAAUGUCGAAUGGGGAGGAUUUUGAUAUUGAUUAUUAUCUAGAAGACGACGAACAGUAUCAGAAUAUGGAUGGGGACCAGGACACCUCCACAGCCUCAGCGCCGCUCCCAAGCUCAUCGGAUCUACGCAGUACGACACCCACUCCCCAUUACUCGCGGCCGUCUUCGAGAAACCAGAAUUCGAAUUCUCGAAUACCUGCUCCCAGAGCAAUAACUCCCACACCCUCUCAAUCUCAACGCGGUGCUAGCGAACCGCCAUCAAUACAACAUUCUUCUACAGCGCAAAUCUCGACACCGCCUGCAUCGCGGAGUAAACAACACACUCAACAGUUGCGAUCGACGUCUACUUCUCCGUCUGGAACCAGGCCGGGGAACCGCGGUGUUUCGCCCAAUACCCUGGAUCCCUCUGGUGCGAAAAAGACGCGGAUGAAUGCUAAUAAGGCAACACAGGCGAAGUUGGCGGCAGCGAGAAAGAAGGAGAUGGAAGAAGAGAUGAAGAGGAAACACGCUAGUGCUUCUUACCCCGAUCCCGGAGAUGAAGAGGACAUGGCUCAUGCAAUACCAACCUGGACGCAAUCAGUGCCUAACCGGGGAAAUUGGGAUGAGGUUGUUCUACCAACUGUCGCUCGGAAGAAAGGCCUUGCAGGUCAUUACGAAGAAGCCGAUGGGAGUCCUAAAGUGAAGCAAGAGGAUGGUAUACCUUCACCAGCUCCUGGCACAUUUGGAUACGACCGUUCCAAGUACCGGCCACCGCGUUCGGAUGGCGGGGACGAAUCUAUACCCAUGGAUGAAUUUGGUAGACCACAAGAGGAACCGGAUCUCAAGGAAACUUUACCACCCGUAGCUGAGGAUCAAUUCAACACUUCAAUAUCAGAGUUACAGAACCAACACCGACAACAAAUGCAGCAACAGCAACAGCCUCGCCAUCCGCACGCCUUCGAACAUCCGUCAUCUCCUGUACCGUUUUCGCAGUAUACUCACGGUACGGCUGAACCUGAUACUAAGGAGGCUCAGCGGGAGCAGGUGCAACACCUGGAAAAAGAGGAAGCUGGAUGUUGCAGUUGCAAGUGUGUGGUGAUGUGAAGGGGAUGUUUAAUUCCUUCUACCUUUUUGACUGUUUUUGUUCGUGGUCGCGACACUCCUUCUGGAUUGGUUUAUGCUUCCGUCUCUUUGAGCCUCUUCCUCUUUCAUCGUUCACUUACAAUCCCCCUCCAUCGUUUCAUCCUUCGGUUUCUUUUUCUUUUUCGUUCACAUCGAGUCAAGUCAUCCGGGUCAACUCUUCAUGUACAUUGUAAUUUUGCUCAAUCGUUCUUUUAUCUUUAGUCCACCCAUCCCUUAACCUCACACUUUACAACCUACACAGUAGGCUACCCUGUUUCAAUACACUCAAACGCACCCUAAUCAUAUGGACAGUCAACCUAUCCUAUCAUACCCAACCAUUGAAUCUCAAUGCUGACGCUCGUUUUUCGUUCUCUCCUUUCCUUCUUCACGGUUUUUCCGACGUUUCAGAAUUUCCAAGGAUACGUGCAUCCUCUUUUCGAUCUACAUCCCUUAUGUUACUCUCCGUUCCCCGUCAUUACUUCCUCGUCGAUUUCUUUUACUUUUCAUAUAGACUCCAAGUCGGGCCCCUCUCCUCCACCCUCAUACCUCCAAGUCGCAAAUGUACUUGUAUCACGUCGCAAAAAUCGUUAUGAUUUCUCCUUUCUGUCCUUUUUUCUUAAAAAUCAACCAAGUCCUCCUGUGUUGUCCAAUUUCCAUCCACAGCCUCAUCGACCUCGCUUACAUACCCAUGGCCA